AUGCAGGAGGCUGUUUUUAGGGUAACAACGAAUCGGGGUCGAGAAGUGGAUGUUGGAGAGGUGGAAAACAUCGAAGGAGAAGAGGAAGGGCACCUACUACACUAUGCCACCAGUUGCUCCAAUAAAUUCUCUCUUCUAUAUCAAUACCAUGACUACAAAAUUAAGGAGCUAGCUAUCAAAAAUCUUGAGGGAGUGGAGAGAGCAGAGGAAGUAAGCGAACAUGGCAAUUUGGCCCAAUAUCGACAACUGCAGUCACUGAGUUUGGAAUGGGACAACAGCAGUAUUGUGCAGGAUUCAAGCACAGUUAAUGACAAUGCAGUUCUAGAAAAGCUCCAGCCUCAUGGGAACCUAGAACAACUCAAAAUACGAGGCUAUAGGGGUGAUACAUUCUGUUCUUGGGUAACGAAUAUAAGUUAUUUCCUUCCAAAUCUUGUGAAAGUUGAGCUUUCUGACAUGUUAUGCUGCGAACAUAUCCCAUUAUUAGGCCAACUAGAAAACUUAGAAGUGCUGUGCAUCUCAAAAGUCCCUAGCCUCAUAAAAGUGGGCGGUGAUAUAUAUGGGGCUGAGAGGGCAUUUAUGAAACUGAGAGAACUUACGCUUGCGAGUAUGGACAACCUGGAGGAGUGGACAACCACACUAUCAACUCGUGAUGAUGAGCAGAGGCUUCAGGAAAACCAUGGAGAUGAAAUAUUUCCUAACCUCCAACUACUUACCAUUACAAGCUGCCCCAGGCUGAGGUUUGUUCCAGCUUUCCCAGGAAGCCGGAGCUGUAUCCUCCAAAGAAGCAGCAAUGUGCUAUCAUCUGAGCGAUACAUUGGGAGCUCGAACUUAGCAUUAUCGAAAUUGGAAAUAUGGAACUGUGGCUUUUCUUCAGAUAUUUCCAGACUUCUUCGGUAUUGUUUUAAUCUAGAGCAACUGAGAAUUCAUUCCUUCAUUGACCUUAUCACCUUGCCAGAUACCAUUCGAAGUUACCAGAACCUUAUGAAACUAGAGAUACUAGAAUGUUGGAAUUUUUCUGCUCUACCAGAAUGGCUUAGAGAACUCAAGUCACUGCGUGAGCUGAGUGUACAUGCUGCCAAACUCGAGCUAUUGCCUGAAUCCAUUCAAAACCUCACUGCUUUGGACAAGCUGGUCCUCACGAAGUGCAACUACAGACUCCGCGAACGUUGCACAUCAGGAGAGGACAAAGACAAGAUCAGACACAUUGGAAGUGUAGAUACAACUGAGUGCCCUGAUCUUUACGGCUUAAGUGGUAUUUCUAUGAAGAGAAUUUGUGGGCACCAUCUUGUUGAACUACAUCUUUGGAAUCCUAUACUUGAUGAUGAACUAUUAGAUUUUGAUUCCCUCGAAAUACUUAGUGUAACGGGAUAUGAUGGUGCAUAUUUCCCUCGUUGGAUGUCAACUCCCAAACCUUGUGAAACUGGAGCUCUCCAGAGUGCGAUUUGA